UCCCCGAGCCGAAUUCCCCGGGAAACACCCUUGCGGGUGGGCUGCUGCCAACCGGCCGGGUCCUCCCCGGGGCCGGGCCUGACGGGACCCACCGGCCCGGGACGAGCCCCGGGACGAGCCGGGGCCCCGCGGCGGCGGGCGGGCAGGAGCUCCACGAAGGCGUUCUCCCUCCCACGAUUUCGUUAAAGGGCCUGAAAUGUGGAGGGCGGUGGCUACCGCCCUGCCGAGGGCCAAAGUCCCCGCGGGCAGGGCGUGCUGCCUGCCCCCGGCGCAGAAGGGCAGGAGCCUGCCCCCGGGGAGCGCUCGGCAUCGCUGCCAGGGCUCCGCGCCGGGGCUGCGCAUCGCCUGCCCGCUCAGCAUGAGCCCCGGCGCACGGAAGGUGGAAGCUCUGGACACGGGUCAUUUCAUCCGUGUGGAGUGGGAGGACGGGAGCGAGAGCCGCUACCCCUGCGUCUGGCUGAGGGACAACUGCCAGUGUCCCCAGUGCUUCCUGCGCUCGGCCAGGGCGCGCAGGCUGCUCUUCGAGGACCUGGACGUGAACAUCGUGGUGAAGGACAUCGCCUUGGCAGAUGGGAAAAAGAUCUCUGUUACAUGGCCUGAUGGACACACAAGUGAAUAUGAAGUUGAGUGGUUGAAAAAACGAUGCUUUUCUGAAGAAGCCAGAGCAGAAAUGCGAGGAGAUUUAUUUUUACCAGAACGCCAGUACUGGGGUUCAGACCUGCAACUUCCCAAAAUACCUUUUGAAGAAAUCAUGUACAAUGAUGAAAGUGCAUACAAGUGGCUGUGCACCCUAAAGAAAGUAGGAAUUGUGCUACUAACAGGAGCUGCUACUAGGCAGGGAGAGUUGGUUAAACUUGGCCACAGGAUUGGGUUCCUGCGUCUCACUUUUUAUGGACCAACUUGGCAAGUGCAAGACAAAGCAGAUGCUAACAAUGUGGCUUAUACAACUGGGAAACUAUGUUUUCACACCGAUUACCCUGUUCUGCAGCAUCCACCUGGGGUUCAGUUUCUCCACUGUAUAAAGCAAACGGAUGCAGGAGGUGAAAGUGAAGUUGUAGAUGGAUUUCAUGUAUGCAACAGGCUGAAGGAACAAAGUCCUCAGGCAUAUCAGAUCCUGUCCUCUACUGCUGUAGACUAUACAGAUGUUGGGGUGGACUACUGUGAUUUUGCUGUGCAAUGUAAACAAAGGAUUAUAGACGUGGAUUCCAGAGGCCAAGCAGUUCGCAUCAAUUAUAAUAAUGCAACAAGAGACACAAUUUUUGACAUACCAGCUGAAAAAGUGAGGCCGUUUUAUGGAGCUCUAAAGGAAUUUGUUGAUUUAUUAAACAGUGCAGAACACAAGUUUACUUACAAGCUGAAACCAGGAGACAUAGUGACGUUUGACAACUGGCGUGUGCUUCACGGUCGCCAAAGCUACCAGUCGGGAUCAGAAGUGACUCGUCACCUGGAAGGUGCCUAUGCAGACUGGGAUGUGGUCAUGUCAAGGCUCCGGCUCCUCAGGAAGAGAGUCCUGAAUAGGGACUGAGCUUUCCUCUAACUAGAAUGAGCAAAACCUAGAUUGUCUAACCUCAACAACAACAACAAAACAUUUAGAAAUCAUGUUUUCAGCAACUAACAUCAUUAAUAUUUUUGGGGGUUCAAUAAGCUAAGAAACCUGUUGUUCAUAACAAUUUAAGAUUUAUCUGUGCCCUGGUCUUUUAAUGUAUAAAAUGCAUUGUUACCUCUGUCAGUUUAUUUGCUUUUAAAAAUCAGUGUGCAAAAUGGCUUGAAAGAUUAUCACUUUACUGAGCUGACUGAGUAUUCGCAAUGCUUUCCUUUGCCUCUGCAUAUAUACCUGCCCUCCCUAAAAAGCUUGCAAGGCAGCAUCAAAAUAGAAUUUAAAGUAUUAUUUAUUAAAUGUUUGUUAUGAACAGCACCCUCCUCUGUUUUCAGAGAGGCAUUCUUUAUUGCAUAAAUCAUAACUAAAAUUCAUUAUCAAAAUAAACAACCACUGCUAGGAAUUAUUUUUAUAUAUAUACCUUUCUAGGUAGAACUCUGCUUUGAUACAAGAUCUCAUUCAACAGAUGCUGUAUUCUGUACAUCCUGCUGUAUAUGUGAUGACUAUCACAGCCACAAAUAAUUUUUGCUACAUUUCUAAGUCAAUACACUCAGAAACGAUAGAGCUACCAGACAAUGCAUCAUAUUAAUUUUCCUCUGUAUUAGGAAUAGAAAUAAAUCUCAGUGUAGAGGUCACAGAUAAGGUCAGAAAUCCCAUCAGAUGCUGUGCACAGAUGUAAUUAAGAUCUGCAGGCCAGACAGACUUUUGAGGAAAUCCAGGAGAAGGAAUGCUGAUGCUGCUUGGUGGCUAGAAGCCACAAAGCACAAGAGGUGGUUAUUGCCUCUGCACCUGUCAGAGAAGUGGCAGCUGAACUCAGAUCCAUUUUUGUUACACCAAAUCCAAGAGCACGCCUCCGAUAGAAUUGGUCUGCGGGAUGUUUCCUCCAGGUUGCAUUCUGCAUAGAGACUACGCUAUGUAAAAAUUACUGCAGCCAAAGUAGUGAAUUUUUUCCUAUAUUCAGAUGCCAAAUUGAAUACCCAACGACAUGUCCAGUGAGUUUACUUUUCACUGUCCUUACAGCUGCAGAGUUAACAGGACGCCCUCUCACCUGUGCUGCAAGCCUGGCAAAAUAACCACACCUCCACCCUCAGAUACGUUCUGUUCAAGUAUUUUUUUUCAAACUAGAAAAUCAAAUAAAUCCUAGUCUUUUCCUCAUUGGCUAAAACAGUAGAACUACAACUACAGAACUAAAUAACCAUAGAAUUAAAUUUGUUGACACAAAAAACCCAACAUAAGUGAGACCCUAACACAAGCUUGUAAACACUUCCAUAGCUUCCACUCAUCAUUUACAGUCAACAGAUAUCUCAGCUGAAUAAUCAAAUAAAACUAAAUUAGGAUUUGAUCAUGACAUAGCAUAGUGUGGUUUGAAUCCAUUCCUCUUUAAUAAGUAGUGAAAUGUUUUUAUUAAAGUUUUGACAUUAAGACAUUGCGUAACAAAACUGGCUUUUAGUCAUGGUUUGAUUUCUCAAUGCCUCCUUUAAUAAUUAAUUAUGGCAACAUGAGGAAAGUAUUUUUUGCCUUUGCUAUAAAAGGGGGAAAAGAUGAGGAAAGUUUAAUAUCUAUAUUCUGUGAGGCACCAGCAGUACUGUGCUUUAACUGUGAUAUUUUCCAUGUAACAAUUUUAAAAACUUAAGACGUAUUGGGAUUUAUAUCAAUGGUUAAUAGGGAAGAGGCUUUUAUUCUGUACUUUUCUAAAAACUAUUUUAUUCAAAUUUCUGUUUAUUAAAAGCUAUUAUGGAACUGA